AGCAGGAGGAGGAUUGCUCGCCUGUGGAAAAGGGAUUUUGGAAAUUCUCGCAAGCCCUCCCAAAAGCUCGCGCGACAGCGGGAGUUUUUUAGGGGUGGAAAUUACGAAAAAGGAGAGAGAGAGGGCGACCUUCCCCGGUGUGGAGAAUAUUUUUCAUUUGCGAGUUCCCCCCCCCCCUCCCGUAAUUGUUUUCGGUGGAUGUUUAGAGAGCGUGUCGUCCGCCGACGGCCAAAAACACGUUUGCGUUUCUGUUGUUUGUGGUCGUCCGUGGCUCCCAUGGGGAGAUGAAAGGGGGAUUGUGUUAGUUUUUUUGUGUGUGUGUGUGUUUAUUUUCCUUGCCUUCAACUGCUUCGGUUCCACGCAAGAAAAACAGGGAGCGGGAGCCGCGCGGUUGCUAUGGAGAAGCUGCGGCUGACAGGCCGUGGGCAGGCCUGAGCCUCGGGCUGGAGUUUGCCGGGAACGGGGAGAGGUCGGUGGGAGCAGCCGAGGGGAAACUAAAGAGGGAGACGGGGAAUAUGGCCGUGCAGUGACGAGUUGCCAGGGCAGCGAGCGACAAUGCUGGUGGACUGAAAUCUGGAAGGUUGCGUUAUUUCAGACCAGCGAUCUAAAGGAGAAAAGAACUCGCAAAACGUUCUCGGCGUUCUGUAGGAGGCGAAGAGGAGCUCAAGAUGCCUCCCAGGCCGUCCUCAGGGGAGCUGUGGGGCAUCCACCUGAUGCCCCCGCGCAUCCUGGUGGACUGCCUGCUGCCGAACGGGAUGAUCCUGACCCUGGAGUGCCUCCGGGAGGCCACGCUGGUCACCAUCAAGCACGAGCUGUUCAAGGAGGCGCGGAAGUACCCCCUUCACCACCUCCUGCAGGACGAGACCUCCUACAUCUUCGUCAGCGUCACACAGGAGGCGGAGCGGGAGGAGUUCUACGACGAGACCCGCAGGCUGUGCGACCUCAGGCUCUUUCAGCCCUUCCUGAAAGUCAUCGAGCCAGUGGGCAACAGGGAGGAGAAAAUCCUCAACCGAGAGAUCGGCUUUGCUAUCGGCAUGCCUGUGUGUGAGUUUGAUCUUGUGAAGGAUCCUGAAGUGCAGGACUUCAGGAGAAACAUCUUGAACGUUUGUAAAGAAGCAGUGGACCUCAGAGACGCUAACGGACCCCACAGCCGAGCCCUGUACGUUUACCCUCCCAAUGUUGAAUCGUCGCCAGAACUUCCGAAGCACAUUUACAACAAACUCGACAAGGGUCAAAUCAUCGUCGUGAUCUGGGUGAUAGUGUCCCCCAACAACGACAAGCAGAAGUACACCCUGAAGAUCAACCACGACUAUGUGCCGGAGCAGGUCAUCGCGGAGGCCAUCCGGAAGAAGACCAGGAGCAUGCUUCUGUCCCCGGAGCAGCUGAAGAUGUGCGUGCAGGAGUACCAAGGGAAGUACAUCCUCAAGGUGUGCGGCUGUGACGAGUACCUGCUGGAGAAGUACCCACUCAGCCAGUACAAGUACGUGCGGAGCUGCAUCAUGCUGGGCCGGAUGCCCAACCUCAUGCUGAUGGCCAAGGAGAGCCUGUAUUCCCAGCUGCCGAUCGACAAUUUCACCAUGCCGUCGUACGCGCGGCGCAUCUCCACCGCCACGCCCUACAUGAACGGGGAGGCCUCCACCAAGUCGCUGUGGUCCAUCAACAGCAACCUGAGGAUCAAGAUCCUGUGCGCGACGUACGUCAAUGUCAACAUCCGGGACAUCGAUAAGAUUUACGUGCGAACAGGCAUCUACCAUGGAGGAGAGCAGCUGUGUGACAAUGUGAACACCCAGAGAGUGCCCUGCUCUAAUCCAAGGUGGAAUGAGUGGCUCAACUACGACAUGUACAUUCCCGAUAUCCCCCGCGCUGCACGCCUCUGCCUGUCCAUCUGCUCUGUGAAAGGCAGGAAGGGAGCCAAAGAGGAGCACUGUCCGUUGGCAUGGGGGAAUGUCAACCUGUUCGAUUAUACACACACUCUCGUCUCGGGGAAAAUGGCCUUGAACCUGUGGCCUGUACCUCACGGCCUUGAAGAUUUGCUGAAUCCUAUUGGGGUCACGGGCUCUAAUCCCAACAAGGAAACGCCCUGCUUAGAAUUAGAGUUUGAUUUUUUCAGCAGUCCUGUGAAGUUUCCCGACAUGGCGACGGUGGAAGACCAUGCGAACUGGACCGUCUCCAGAGAGCUGGGGUUUAACUACUGCCAUACUGGCUUGAGCAACCGACUGGCUCGGGACAACGCCCUGACAGAGAGCGACACGGAGCAGCUGCGCCUGGUGUGCAAUAGGGACCCUCUGUCUGAAAUCACUGAGCAGGAGAAGGAUUUCUUGUGGCGGCACAGACACUACUGUGUGAACAUGCCCGAGAUUCUCCCCAAAAUUCUCCUCGCGGUGAAGUGGAACUCCAGAGAUGAAGUAGCACAGAUGUAUUGUCUCUUAAAGGACUGGCCGGCAAUAAAGCCAGAGCAGGCCAUGGAGCUGCUGGACUGUAACUAUCCAGAUCCGAUGAUAAGGGAUUUUGCUGUUAGGUGCCUUGAAAAGUAUUUAACCGAUGACAAGCUGUCUCAGUACCUCAUCCAACUUGUACAGGUCCUGAAAUAUGAACAGUAUCUCGAUAACCCCCUAGUGCGAUUUUUGCUGAAAAAAGCAUUAACCAACCAGAGGAUAGGACAUUUCUUCUUUUGGCACUUAAAGUCUGAAAUGCACAACAAAACAGUGAGCCAGCGGUUUGGGCUGCUGCUGGAGUCGUACUGCAGGGCGUGUGGGAUGUACCUGAAGCACCUGAGCCGGCAGGUGGAGGCCAUGGAGAAGCUCAUCAACCUCACGGACAUCCUCAAGCAGGAGAAGAAGGAUGAAACGCAGAAGGUGCAAAUGAAGUUUCUGGUGGAGCAGAUGAGGAGACCAGACUACAUGGAUGCAUUGCAGAACUUCACCUCUCCACUCAACCCUGCACACCAAUUGGGCAACUUAAGGCUAGAAGAAUGCAGGAUAAUGUCAUCUGCCAAAAGGCCUCUGUGGCUUAACUGGGAAAACCCCGACAUCAUGUCUGAGCUUCUGUUCCAGAAUAAUGAGAUCAUCUUCAAGAACGGAGAUGAUUUACGACAAGACAUGCUGACUCUGCAGAUCAUUCGGAUCAUGGAAAACAUUUGGCAGAACCAGGGUCUUGAUCUCAGGAUGCUUCCCUAUGGCUGCCUGUCGAUCGGCGACUGCGUGGGGCUCAUUGAGGUUGUCCGAAGCUCCCAUACAAUCAUGCAGAUUCAGUGCAAGGGGGGACUGAAAGGCGCGCUGCAGUUCAACAGCCACACUUUGCACCAGUGGCUCAAGGACAAGAACAAGGGCGAAAUGUAUGAUCUAGCGAUUGACCUGUUCACACGUUCCUGUGCUGGGUACUGUGUAGCCACGUUCAUCCUUGGGAUUGGCGAUCGACACAACAGCAACAUCAUGGUGAAGGACGACGGGCAGCUGUUCCAUAUAGAUUUUGGACAUUUCCUGGAUCACAAGAAGAAGAAAUUUGGCUACAAAAGAGAGCGCGUGCCGUUCGUCUUAACCCAAGACUUCUUAAUCGUGAUCAGCAAAGGAACCCAGGAGUGCACUAAAACAAGAGAAUUUGAACGGUUCCAGGAGAUGUGCUACAAGGCAUACCUCGCGAUCCGGCAGCACGCCAACCUCUUCAUCAACCUCUUCUCCAUGAUGCUGGGCUCGGGGAUGCCGGAGCUGCAGUCCUUCGACGACAUCGCGUACAUCCGCAAGACCCUGGCGCUGGACAAGACGGAGCAGGAAGCCCUGGACUACUUCAUGAAGCAGAUGAACGACGCCCAUCACGGCGGCUGGACAACCAAGAUGGACUGGAUCUUCCACACGAUCCGGCAGCACGCGUUGAACUGAGGCGGCGGCCCUGCCCCAUUGCGUGGCAUUGCACUACCAGCCUUGCGGACAGCGGGUGACGGAACCAUCCUUGUAGCACUGAACAAUCCGGAACUCUUCUUUUAUCCUCUUCAUCAUCGUCUUUGAAGCCCGGGUUUUUUGUUUUUGUUUUUUCCCUUGUCCUCCAAGCCUGCAAUCGUGUUCCCCGGCAAGCAGUUCCAGGUUUCAAUGGUGGUGUGAGAAUCUUUCGUCAAGGAGGAUCCUUUUGUUGGUGUCUCAGCGGUGUGCUCUGGUCUCCCCUGAGAAGCAGCUAGAUAUCCAAUUUCUUGUUUUAUGGCCUUUCUAAAAUCACUUACCUCUUAAUUUAACAGGAGCUCCGGGGGAAGGGGCAAGGGGAUUGUAAAAUGUCUUCCUCUUUUUUUGCCUUUAAAUAUGCACAAAAUAUUUAAUCUCCUGAGCAAAACACAGGGUAAACAUUUUUUUUCAUGUUUUGAAAUGCGUUAUUGGUUUCAGUCCUUAUAAAAGGUAAAAGCAGUGACCCCUGAUGGGCGACCCGGGUUCUUGUACGAGAUGGCCUCAAUCCAGGCUGUGACAAUUGGCGCACCGGCGACCCCUAGUGUCUACUGGCAGUUUUUCAUCUUAUUUUUACCUUUCAGCUUCUGCACUCCUGUAAGCAUGAACGGCCUUAGUAUACUUAGUUGUUUUUAAAUAAUGUGCCCUGUUUACACAGCUUAGUAAUACUUUUUUUUUUUAACCAGCAAGCUCAGAUUCAGUCUUGAAUUUCAGCCUUUGCUCACGAUACUCCUGUGAAUCUGGAGCACGACUCCCAGGUCUCCCCUGUAGAGACGCAGACCGCGGCGCCGAGGACGGUCGCGUCUGCUUGAAAGGGGGCGAGCCUUUCACUUCUUCAUCUCUGAAUGUCUGGUGUGGUGAAUGUCGGAUUGCAUCGACCAAGCUGAGUUAUGAGAGGUAGAGGGUGGUUUGUUUUUUUUUCUGUGCAUGGGGAAGGAUACCAUGGAGCUAGAAUCUACAUGAAUGUUAUGCUUUAGAACCUUAAAGAAGGAGGAACGAGAUAAUCAUUGUUUUCUUACACAAACACAUAACGAGGGGGGCAGUGUGACUUCAGGAUGCAGGAUCCAGUACUUUUUUUUAAAAUAAAAUGCACAUGAUGCUGCUAAUAGUUUGCUGUUCGAAGCAGCCAGACAGUGAUAUCGCCUUAUACCUCUCCCUCUUGCCAGAUGUUUUGUGGUACCAGGUGUGUGCGAAAAUAAGUUUUUUUUUUAAGAAACCAGAAUACAAUAUAAUUUGCUACCAUUCCCAAGUGUGAAAAUUUCCUAACUUUUGUGUCAGGAAUAAACACCAGUUUUGGAGACGGCAUCAGGUGGGGUGGAGGUUUCCCUGAGAUGGUUUGGACAGCUCGGAAGGAGGCGAAGUUCUGCAAGGCAGAGCACUCCCGCAAAUCACAGCUUAUUUAGACUUCUGUUCUCUGGAAGUAGCCGCUCGUGGUGCCAAAAGGAUCCAAAGCUCUAAAAAUAGACGCAGCUUAAAGGCAGUGGAAUGUACCUUUUGGAUUGCUUAUGGGAAACCAAGUUCAUUCCUGUAAUCUUGCUUGGCUGCCGUGCGAAACUAAAAAUGUGAACUCUAAUGGUCGGGUAGGGCUGCGAGGUGAAUCCUCCUGUCCGCUUUCCAUAGAUUCAGAUGUUUAAAGAAAUCCGUCAGGAUAUUUAGACGCAAAAUCAAAUGAGUAUGCCCCCCCCCUUCACUGAGAGAGAACUUUAUAUUGGUUUAUUUCCUUUCGGUGACGGUAGUGGGUGACGUUGUUGCAGCCGCAGCUGCAUAAAUCUGUGCAGUCUUGUUGGCAGUGACUAAAAAUAGGCCGCAGUUGCAAAAGCCAUGUGACAAAAAUGGUGCCGCUCAAUUUUAAUAGAUUUGCAGACGGCGUAUUUAGGAUGCCUCCUCAAUAUUUUAAUCCCACUGUGCCGUGUAUUAAAUAACAUCCUAUCUCUAGCAUCGAGUUCCUUCUUUGGUAAUUGGAACUUCCUAUGUCAUCGGUGUCUCUCAAACAGGUGAGGCUCAAAAGGCAGCAGCAUUUCUGUUUGGAGUCUCUGUAAGGUGUCUGUGACCGGUGCUGUGAUGGACUUGCACAGUGAGGGCACGUGCCUAUUAGCGAUGGUUUCAUUAGAUUUUGUACAAAAACAAAAGUGGGACUUUCACAGUUACUCCUUUAAUUUGAUGAGGGGCUACGUCUGAUAUUUUUUUGGGAGGAAAUGAGAUGCCGUGGCACGAGAGAGAUGUUGAGCACCCACUUGCUGAAGACUUGACAAAUUUGUCGACUGAGCCAAAGUUUAUAAGCAACAUAAUUGGUUUCUUGUAUAUAGCGUGUGCUGUGCAGUACAUAAGAUGACAAUAGAAAACUGCCCAAAUAUUUUGCAAAAAAGAGAAAGUAAGCAGCCUUCUUAAUGGAAACGAGUUUUCUGAAGAGGAUUGUUUAGUAUAGACUAUAGAAACGCAAAAUACUAACAGCUUUAAUCAUCAACGACACUCUCAAAUCUUGGCGAUUAGCCUCCAAACCUCCAGCUCUGCGGUUGUGACCUCUUUUGCACAGAAAUGUUGCAAUAAAUCGAAACCAAGGUUUACUCUUGAUAGGAACUUACAAGGUAAUGUUUGUUAUAGGUGUUAGUGUCUUUAAUGGAACUUAUUUAUUGUAAAUCGACAAUAACUACUGGCACAGUGAAGGUGAACUAAAUUGCCUUACAAACAUAGGAGAAGUAACUUGACUGGUUUAUAGAGGGACGUAGGUGUUUGUAAAUCUUUUGAUGAAGAAUCGUGGUGCUGUGUUUGGUUGGAAAUGCAUAUGGUGGUAAUCAUGUCCAGUUCCAGGAACUCGGCCAAGUAUUAAAAGCUUGUUCAUUAUCACAGUGUCAUCUGCCAUUAUGAUAUGAAGCUUUUUUUUCUAACAGGAUCUGGGAAUGAGGCCAGAUCAGCAAAAUAUUUUCUGUAUUGAACACUACAAAGUUUGUAAAGGAAACAAGAAACCUUGCCUACUCUUAACACUUUGAAUAAAAUGUGGAAAUCUACUGAGUACCUGCUCUCCAUACUGCAUUCUAAAUGCAUUAAACAAUUUAGAAAGAAGGCCCAGAUUUUGAACUGUGAAUUUAAAUUUUUUUCGACUAUAUUUAGUGGAGUAGAUUCUCUAAAGACUGGGGAAAGUAUAUACAGUAUUCCAGACUUCCUAUGCAUUCGUGUGAGAUACUUGAGGUUUUCAAUUUUAAACUACAAAUGUGGUUCUUAUAUGCAGUAAACCAGUCAACAGCUAUACAAUCGUAACUGAAGUAUGUAGGUGGUUUUGCACUUUGUAAUUUUUUUAUUUCUUUUUUUAAAGAAUGCCUUCUGUCUAAAAGCAAAAAGGCUUACUUCUGUGCAUGUAAACAAGUCAUUUUGCUCUUUAGUAUCGGAAAUGGGUCAGAGACAUUUAAAACCUUGUAGUGUACAGUAGCCUUACGCGAUUUUUUAGGCCUUUACUAGCAUGAUCAGUGUCUUCUGUGUAUACGUCUGUCUGUACAGGUUACAGACGCCUUGUUUGGGCCGGCCCCAGAUACAAAGCCCAUUGGACGCCAGUGUCUAACUAUCUAAGACCUAUUUAAGAUGCUUUUCACUUGUUACAAGAUUAAAAAAAUAAAAUAAAUGUUGAGAGGGUUUAGAUAUGCUACAUGUAGGAUUCUGUAACGGAAGAAAAACCUUCCAUGCUUCAGUUUUAAAGGUUUUACUUGAAUUUCAUUACGAACCACCUUUUUGUGCGUCACGAACAGAGGUGUGGUCACCAUGUGCACAGCACUGAAGGUCAGCUAGCAUGGGCAAUUUCAUACCGAUCGUGAAUGUUUCAGUCCUUUGCUCAAUCUAGUCUCUUCAAGCAGUUAGGGAUUCUAACAAAUUAGUACUGUUUUAUUAUAGACUUAGGCCAAACUUUGAAGUAAUACAAAGCAUGACAGAGCAUUGCUAUCUCUUGAGUUUUGUUUGAAAGGUGCAUUUCCAAAGGGAGAGGGAGAUCUGAGGCUGAAAAGGUCUUUGCCAUCUGGGACAGUAAAAUGUCUGGAGGGACGAGAGAAUUUCAUGGUGUGCCCAGGACACAUCUCUCCAAGUUAGUUCUAGCUUUAUUUUCAUUAUUAUUAACAUUAUUUUUAAUAUAUUGUGGGCCAAAUAAAGAUUGCAUAAAACCCUAUUGCAUGCAAGUUAAACUGCAAACUCCCUGUUACUUUGGUCCAUUCUGCUAUUUAGCUUGGAAGGAUAAUGUUUGGCCUAAGACUGCACUCUUUAGUAAACAUUUAUUAGACUUUAACUGCUAUCCCGUAACAGUCUGCAUUUUUCAUUUAUUGUCUGUUAUUCAUCAUGCUAUUUAAUUAAACGAUGGCUUUGUACCCUGUCUGUCUCGGAUACUUUUGAGUGUGAUGUAAUUAUGUACAAAUAAAUUUAUUUCAAGUUGA